ACCCAUCCCGGACGGCAAAUGUUUAGAGAGAGAAAGUGAAGCAAACAAAGAGACACGGAAGAAAGAGAGAGAGAGAGAGAGACCCUUCUCGUUUUGCCACCCCGAUCACAGUACGGAUCCCUUAAUCUCCCCACUCCCAGCCUACGUGUCCUCCUUCCACAGCCCACCUCUCCACGUACCCAACCCUCGCACACGUGCCACCUCCCCCGCCCUCCUCCACCCUCGUCCUGUUGCCCUCCACCCAUUGGUUCACCCACUCUCUAAAACCCCCACCACCACCCUUCUCUUCUCCCCCAUCUCACAGUGGACAGAGAGAGAGAAAGAGAGAGAGGGAGGGAGAGCCAUGGCGAUGCUCCAGUCCGCCGUCGACGUGGCCAAGACCCACGAGAUCAUGGCCCGCUUCCGGCCCAUCGCCCCCAAGCCCGCCCUACCCCCGCUCUCCGACGGCCCAUCCGACCACCACUCCCCCUCCCCCUCCUUCGCCUCCGCCACCGCCGCCCUCCACCUUCGCGCCCGCCCCUGCCGCGCCCGCAAGCGCGGCCGCUCCACCCUCGCCUCCCUCCCCUCUAAGCGGCCGCGCACACCCUUCUUCCCCCGACUCCUCCCCUCCACCACCCCGGCCCAACUGGGCCUCGCCCGUGGGCUUCCCCUCCUCCCCACCUUCUCCACCCCCGAAAAGCCUCCCAUCAAAACCUCCGGCGACCUCCUCACCCUAUCCCUCCUCCCACCCACCCCCUCACCGGACGUCGACCGGGACCUCGUCCCCGUCGCCCCCCAACGAGGAAUCCCCGUCGAACGGGACCUCCUUCAGAAGCUCCAGCAGCCCAAGGUCAUCGUACCGCAGCCCGUCCGGCCCGUGGGCUCGAGCAUCACCAUCGGGCCCAUCACCCUUGACACCGGCCCCACCCCGCCGGCCCCCACAAAGAAAAGAGAGGAGGUAGAGGAGGAGGUGGAGUCCGACCUGCUCCCGGCGGUAAUCUCCGACUCCCGGAACCAGGUCCGGCUGGCCAAUUCUGCUUACAAGGAGAUGGUCGGGCAGCCCGAGUGCCCGUGGCUCGACUCGAUGGUUCCCGUUGGUGGCCACAGGAUCGGGAUGCGGCUGGCAUCAAGGAGGAUCAGCGGAGGGGUGAUGCUCGACCUGUCGGAGUCGUCGGUGCCGCUGACGUCCAAGGGGUUCUCAUGCAGGGCGAGGAUACAGUGGGCAUGCAACGGCACCAAGACCUUGAUCAACGCGCCUUGUGAUGUGAGAAGGCUCUCCUGCGACUCCAAGGAUUACCUCUUUACCUGGAGGUUUCACACCGCUGAGGCUUCUGUCAGCUUCUGCAAAGCUUGAAUGGCUCCUCAAUGUCUUCCAUCUUUGCUGUUAUCUUCUUUAUGUAAAUGACAUAAGAACAGAGUGCCAGAGGAGUGUAUAGAAAUGAAAUCAUUUAUAUUUAAUAUUUAUUUAUUAUUAAAUG